UCUGCUUUAAAGCAGAGGCGAGGCGCGGGCGCUGCGAGCGGCUCCUGAGGGCUCGGUGUCGCUCACGUGAUGGGUCAGCGAGCCUAAGCGCAGCCCUUCUCGCCCUGGCCGCCUGCAAACUUCUGACUCGGGUUCUCUCCCCUUGGCUGCGCGACUCUCCGGCUCGCUUCCUCUCGGGCUGGCGCCGUGCCCUUCCCGCUCCACUUCGCCAGCGUGCCGCUACGAGGGGAAGUAGGAGCGGCAGCGACGAAACGCUGAGCUGCUGCCCCCGCCGGCGGCCACGAACCUUCGCCCUCUCAGUCCCCGCGCGGCGCCCUGUGGAAGCAGCAACUCCGGAGAGGAGGAAGAGCGCGCAGCUGGGAGCCCGCCUUAAAGGUUAAUCAAGGACAGAAUGGGAAAGCAGAACAGUAAGCUGAGACCCGAAGUACUCCAGGAUCUUCGAGAAAAUACUGAAUUCACAGAUCACGAGCUCCAAGAGUGGUACAAAGGCUUCCUAAAAGACUGCCCAACUGGCCAUUUGACUGUUGAUGAGUUCAAAAAGAUAUAUGCUAACUUCUUCCCCUAUGGUGAUGCCUCAAAAUUUGCAGAGCACGUGUUCCGCACUUUUGAUACCAACGGAGAUGGGACGAUUGACUUUCGGGAAUUUAUAAUAGCUCUGAGUGUCACUUCACGGGGAAAGCUUGAACAGAAGCUGAAAUGGGCAUUUAGCAUGUAUGACCUCGAUGGCAACGGCUACAUCAGCCGUGCAGAAAUGCUUGAGAUAGUGCAGGCCAUCUACAAAAUGGUGUCUUCUGUAAUGAAAAUGCCAGAGGAUGAAUCUACUCCAGAGAAACGAACAGACAAAAUCUUCAGACAGAUGGACACGAACAAUGAUGGUAAACUAUCCCUUGAAGAGUUUAUUAAAGGUGCCAAGAGUGAUCCCUCGAUCGUGCGGUUGUUACAAUGUGAUCCAAGCAGUGCAAGUCAGUUCUAAUUUAAACUCUGGACAGUUUGCAAAGAAAAUUACUGGCUUGUUCAAGCUUUGCUUGUAAAUGGAUGCCUUCUCAACCAUUCCUCAGUGGUUCGUGGAUGAGACACCACUGCCAGAUUGUCUGUAUAUCCAAGUGAAAAAGAACCUCUCGCUAACAUUGAUGCAAUUCCUGCUUCCACAAAUUCUGAUUUGUUUUUCAUACCCCAUAUAAUUUUAUGAUUCACUCUCCACAUCUAACAUAAGGGUAUGUUUACAUACAGGUUAAAGAGGGGGUGAUUGUGUAUCACUUGGUUAACAUGAAU